AUGAGGCUGGGGAUCGAAAGGCAGCACCGUGCCUGGUCUCAGGCUGAGCAGAAGCUUCUCGUACCCGCAGUGCUUGUGCUGUACACACCAAUCCCUCAGAACCUCAGUCUGGGCCUGGCUCACUACAGCAGCUCCAUCUUCACUAACAACAGGACCCGGGACAGUGGAGACGGGCAGGCACAUGAAAUGAUGUCCCGCCUCCCCUUGCAGAUGCUGCUCUAUUUCAAUACCUUCUAUUUUCCUUUCUGGUGGAUUUCUGAAGUUCUCAUGCUGGAGUUAAAGUACUGCUUAUUACCAGACUACUACCAAUCUCUCCUGGCCAUUGGGAUGGUAAUCAUCACUCUUACCGAGGGCCUGAGACUCUACCUUGGUUAUGUAGGGAACUUGAAAGAAAAGGUUCCAGAGCUAGCUGGAAUCUGGCUCCUCACUUUCCUGUUCCAGCUCCCCAUUCUCCUGUUUUUCCUGACGGACGAGGCUAUCAUCAUCCUUCCAUUGGAGAGGGCGGUCCACGUCAUCUACCUGCUCUUCCUCCUUUCGGAGGUGCUUGCAGCUUUCCUUGCACUCAAGGUGAUGACCCAGAAACUUACCCUGCAGUUCCACCUCAGUCAAUUCGAAGACACAGACAAAACCCUAGACAUCAACCAGGUGGUCCCCAUCCCACCAGGCAGAAGCACAUUCCCCUGGACCAGAAAUAUUCAUGUUUACUGA